AUGAACCCCUCCUCACACAUUUCAUGGAACUGUCUGUGUCCUGUGGCCCCCAGCACGGUGGCUGUGAGCUCUCUGGAGAGCCACCUGCGCAAGUGCACCAGUGCUAAGGUCGCCGCCUCUGUCAAGGCACAGCCCUUCAACCGACCAGGCAUCAACAUCGGCAGCGACAUUGAGGAAGGGCUGAACGGCUAUAGGGCGAGCGCACAUGGUGGGGGCGCCCCCAGCCAUGCGCUGGCUGACGUUUACGAGGCGAUUGCGGCUGACCCCUUUGCCAAGGGCAUCUCAAGCCGGCGCUUGCAGCUUGGGGUGAUGGCGGGGCGCGAGGCGCUGCUGGCGCUGGUGGCCAAGGCGGACGCGGCACAUGCAGCACUGCUGGCGGCCCACCCACGGGUGCGGCGUGUGCUGGGGGGCGCUGAUGCGGAGGAUGACAGCGAGCUGCGUUCUCGUGCCAUGGAGGCGGACCCUAUGAACCCGUUCAAUGCGAAGCACGUGUUCCAGCAGGCAUCGCUCGUGGCCAACAUGGAUCGUGUGGGCCUGCUGGCGGAGCCCUGCGCCACCGUGUUUGUGGAGCUGGGCGCCGGAAAGGGCUGGCUGUCAGCCUGGCUGGCGGGGCAGACGGGGGCGCGGCGCCUGGUGCUGCUGGACCGGCAGCCGCUGGGUGACUUGGUGCCCUGGGUCGCGCACGGCAAGCAUCUCUGUGGUGCUGCCACGGACAUGGCGCUCCGGGCCUGCAUUACUGCCCUGGCAAGGGAGCAGCAGCACCAGCAGCAGCAGCAGCAGCAGCAGCACCAAGCUCAGGGCAGCUUGCCACAGCAUGGACACGAGGCUUCAGGGCAAGGCCCCUCGAGGUGCUUUCGACUGCGCGGCCUAGCUAUUGCGACAUGCUGCCACCACCGCUGCUGCUGGCGCACCUAUGUGGGCAAGCGGUUCCUGGCCGCGUUCGGCAUUGCGCCCUGGGAGUUUGAAGUCCUGGCAUGGUGCACCUCUUGGGCGCUCUGCGGCCACACCACACCGGCCGGCGCAGCGCUGGACGGUGAGGAGGGUGAGCAGAGCGGUGACCGUGUGCACUCUCAGGGUGCCGGCAGCUGCAGCACUGGUGGCGGUGGCGAUGCGCCUGCCAGCUCCACCAGCGCAUGUGCCCUACCGCUGAACUUCCAUCCAGCCGACAUAUUUGAGACCCGCGAGGAGCGCAUGGCAUUCGGCUUGCGCUGCAAGCAGCUCAUCGAUGCCGGCAGGGCGGCACGGCUGGCUGAGCUGGCAGCGGCGGCGGGGGCCAUGACCCCGGCUGCGCAGGGCACUGUGGCAGGCAGUGUUGAGGUUGUUGAGUACAUCGACUCGCGCUGCACUGGCGAGAACACCGCCCUGGUGCUGGCUCUGGGACGGGACCAGGCACCAGCCCGCAAGUACAGCGCAGGCGCCCGCUGGCGGCUACCGGGCUGGGCACGGCUCGGUGGCGGCAAGGUGCCGGCGCCUGCUGCCGUGGACGAGGCGGGCUACGUGUCAUCUCUGACAGCCGACAUCUUUGCCACCGUGCUGGCACGGGGGGUGGCGGAGGACGCUGAGCUGGAAGAGGCCGCGGCGGUUGCGGUGGCGGCCGGUGGCGGCGGCAGUGGCGCGGGCGGGCGGGACGCGCGGCGGCGGCUGGCGCCCAUCACGCCCUGCCCCUCGCUCGCAGAGCCGACUGCUGCGCUGUCUCAGGGGUCUGGCUCGGGGGCCGGGCUGGCCAGCGAUGACGAGGCCACCUCUGCUCCGCCGCCAUCGGGGGCUGGUGCCUCGGCCGCGGCGUCCCGCACGCCCGCGCGGCUCAGCAGCCUGGGCAGCGGCAGCAGUGCGGGCGUGUCGACCGACGAGGCGCGGACGCCCAUGCCGCGCAUCCCCGAGGGCAGCGGCCUGCGCGAGCCUCCGCCCACGCCCGCCUACAGCCGGGCCAGCAGCCAGGACGUGCUGCCCUUUGUGCGCUCGCAGCCCGCAACGCCGCCGCCGACACCCCUGUGCCUCUCAGCGGCCGCGUCACUCAGCUCUCCAGGCGCCGGCGCACCGCUCACCGCCGCCGCACAGGCCGCCACAGCGGUUGCGGCGGCGGCGCGGCUGCAGCGCGAGGGGCCCUCGUCAGGCGCGCCGGCCAGCGGGCUUGUCACGCCGCACAACACCCCCCUGCGCAGCAUGGCCAGCUGCAACGACGGCGGCACCUCAUCGGGCGGCGGCCCGCACGGCGCGGGUGGUGUGAGCAGCGAGCAGCUGCGCAGCGCGAUGGACGGGCUGGUGGCGGGAGCUGACCACCAGCGCCCUGACGGGGCCGCCGUGAGCGGCGGCCCUCAGGACGCGGCGACCCCCCCUGCCCGGCUCAACGGCUCGGUCUCACUGGAGCCGGCAACAGCAGCACCUGUGACGCCUCUUUCUGCAGCAGCCCGGCUGGCAAGCGGCCGCAGCUGCAGCUAUCGCGUGGCAGCCAGUGACAUCCCCCCAAUUAUCCCGGAGGACGGCCCCUCCAGUGCGGGUGACCUGGCGCAAGGCCCGUCCCUGGCGCUGCCGUCGCUGCGGCUGCACAGUGGGGCCAGCAGCAGCGCGUGGGCGGAGGAGCUGGGGCGUGUGCCCCUGGACGAGAUGGCGCUGCGCAGUGCCAGCCGUGGCAGCACGCCGCGCGCGUCCGUGUCGCUCAGCCGCGCCUCCAACAGCAGCGUGUCGUCGCGCGACGACGCGCGCGACAGGGAGAGGUCCCUGGCCGACAUCGCAGACGGCCCGGACGAGGGCGACGAGGCCGGCACGCCACGGCCCGCUGCGCUGCAGCUGCGCGCGGCGGCCGCCGGGCUCGCCACCAUCGCCAGCGGGGGGUCGGCGUCGUCGCCGUUUGCGGCCGCGGCGCACGCGGCGUCAAACGAGGACAGCUCAGGCUUGUUGGGCAAGGGCGGCGUUUUUGUCAAGCAAACAAGCACGGGCCCCUCGGUGCCGCAGCCCGCGGUGUGGUCCCAUGCGGACGCACUGCCGCGCCCCAACCACGCCGUCUCUGAGCUCCCCCUGCCGGCCGGUUCUGCUGUGGAGGCGGACGGCCCCGUGGAGCCGCUGCGGGCCUUUGCGGCCGGGGAGCGCAGCACUGUGGACGCGGCGCGCCCGUCGUCCACGCUGAACCGGCGGUGGCGCGGUCUGCAGCGGCUGUUUGUGUGCUGCAUGGCGCAGGAAGGCAGAGUCAAGUGA